GCCUGUUGGAAGUCGUACUUUCCACGUAGUUCAUCAGGACACGCUCAGCUGAUAUUAUCACGACACCAAUACUACUGCAAAAUGGCUGCUCCAACUCGGUCCAGAGGAGUUGUUGAAUUAAAAUGUGCAGUGCAGUGUUAUGCCUGGGGUAAGAUUGGUUUAAACAGCACAGUUGCACAGCUUGCUCUGAAUAGUCCCUCAUUUCAUCUUGAAGAGGAUAAACCAUAUUCUGAGUUUUGGAUGGGAACACAUCCAAAUGGACCAUCAAAAGUGUUAAAGGAAGGAAAGGAAUCACUGUUAUCUGAUUGGAUAGAGUCAAACAAAGAUGUCUUAGGAAACAAAGUUAGGGAGAUAUUUGGUGGCAAAUUACCCUUCUUGUUCAAAGUACUAUCCGUUAACAAGGCUUUAUCAAUUCAAGCUCACCCAAACAAACCUCAUGCAGAAUUGCUUCAUGACAAAAGGCCAGAUGUAUAUAAGGAUCCUAAUCACAAACCAGAGAUGGCCAUCGCACUGACACCAUUUGAAGGCUUGUGUGGUUUUCGUCCUCUGGAUGAGAUCCAGAAGUUUGUAAAGACCAUACCUGAACUUGCUGCUGUCAUUGGACAGGAAGCUACCACUGCUUUAGUCACUGGCUCAGACCCUCAUGCACUAAAGAAAGCUUUCACCGCCCUCAUGACAAGGAGCCAAGAUGCUGUAAGUGAGCAGCUAGGUAAACUAUUGUUAAGACUUCAGGAGAAGAAAACCUCAGGCCAUGACAUCUCCAACCAGUGCAGCGAGCUACUAUUCAGAUUGAACAGCCAGUUUCCUGGAGAUGUUGGUUGUUUUUGCAUUUAUUUCCUUAAUCACAUUGUUCUUCAACCUGGGCAAGCAAUGUUCCUUGGUCCCAACCUGCCUCAUGCAUAUCUAGCUGGUGACUGUAUGGAGUGUAUGGCAUGCAGUGAUAAUGUUGUACGAGCUGGACUGACACCAAAGUUUAAGGAUGUUGAGACACUCUGUGAGAUGUUAGAGUACAAUUGUGGUUCUAAGGAAGAGAACAUUUUCCCAUGUCGUCAAGAUCCAAGUGAUUCGCAUGUCACAAUCUAUGAUCCUCCUGUCUCAGACUUUACUGUUUCAAGAAUUAAGAUACCAGCAAGUUGUCCUUCAUACAAGUUCAAAGCACUAAGUGGACCUAGUAUUUGUGUGGUGAUAUCUGGUUCUGGUGCUGUAGAAGAUACUGCUUCAAAGAUUUGCUUGAAUCGAGGAACUGUACUUUUUAUUCCUGCAAACACCACCUUUGAUGUAACAUGUAAAGAAGAAGACAUGGAAAUAUACCGUGCUUAUUGCGUGUUGUAAUAUCAAAAAUCUAACAUUCAGUCCAGUUGAAUUGAUUUUCAAUUUUGUCAGGUUAUAGAAUUCCAAGGGACAGAAUAUUUCACAAAGACCUUUAGGGAGUUUUGGCAUAUUCGUUAGGUAUUGAGCAUCAUCAUUUUUCUUUCUUUUCUUUUUAAUUAUUUAAAAAACAUCAUGAAAAUGUAUGCUAGUGGGUUUAAAGAAAAUUUAGACCACUCAAGGAAGCGGGAAAAUAUAAAAUUUUUGUUUAUUUUUCUAUUGAGAUUUAACCUUAAUGGUAAACAGUCUUGUGUAAACUGAGACAAAAACAAGCUCUGAAUAGAACAAAAAAUUAUUAAUGAGUAAAAAAAAAUGCAUUUAUGACUCUGAAACAGGUAAUAUUGAAGAAAUGUAAAAUGGUUUCCAUGUUUACAUAGCCUGAUGUAAACACGCGGGAGGUUGGGAGAACAUGAGAUAAG